AAAAUCAUAUAGGAGACUGGAUUUGGUAUCAUUUGAUUUCAACUCGUUGGAGAGUAAAGAACUUUAGUUUUUGUUUAACACAACUAUCAGAUAAAAAUGAAACUUAUCGUAUUCGCCGCUUGCCUGAUGGUGGCUUCUGCCCAGGAGUACUUCAUCCAGGACGAUGAUACCAGUAUAUUCAGUGCAAUCCCAGAACCUGCGAGUGAACACGUAUUGUCCAGUGACGAGUAUCUAGUACCGCACUACGUAGCUCUCCCUAGGGUCCGUAGAGACGUCAGCAUCGACCCCAAGACCGGCGACCUCACUGCUGCCCACAAGAUGGACAACGGACGAGUGUUCGGAACCGUUGGCUCCAACGACGCUGGUCUAUUUGGCAAAGCGGGCUACGAGCACAACAUCUUCGACGACGCGCGCGGCAAGAUGGACGCGCAGGCGUUCGGCACGCGCACGCUCGGGCCCUACGGCGACUCCAGCGCGCUCGGCGGCGCGCUCAAGUGGCGCGACGACCACGCACAGGCCUCCUUCGACAUCAACAAGCAGGUCCAUGGACCCACCUCGUGGACCGCAGCCGGCGGCGGUCGCUGGCCCGUAGGCAAGAAUGGAGACUUCGGCCUGGAAGGCACCUACAGCCGCAUGGGAGGCAUGAAGGACUACGGCGGCAGGGCUUCAUACAACUACCGCUGGUGAAGAAGUAGAACCAGUAUUGAGGCUCCAUCAUCAUCACCCGUCAAAAGGCUUCAUCAUCAUCAAAGAUUUGAACUUUGUAGAAAGUUUAAGACAGAUUUUCGUCCCGUUUGAGGCUAUUCUAUGAACUUGGAUUUAAAAUAUCUUGUCCACUGAUGUCUGGUCAAACAUCUUUUUAUACCAGUCAUGUAAAAACUCUUGAAAUGACCAUGUUUUUCCAAGGUUUUUAUUAUUUAUUAUUACUGUAAAUAGCUACUUUAAUGAUUCUGAAUUACAUUUUUGAAUAAGUUAAUUUAC